UGAAUGUUUAUGGUUGUUUCACUCCGUUCGGCGCUCUAAUCGUCUGUGCCUGCACUUUCUCCGGCCAUUAGCGAAAAGUGUUUGCAUUUGGAGUAUUUGUCGCAAAUUCCUUAACAAAGCCUUGCAGAUCAGUGCACCAAGCCUGCACUGCCGAACAGCACUUUCGAUCGGGACUUUUUUGGUCGUGGAAAGAAAAUGUCGCAGCUCACGGACCUGAAGGCGUACGUUAGCUACGCACUGGACUGCACCCGGUUGCGCCUGGUGCGGGACGAAGCGGACGUCGAAAACGAGGAGCUGGUCUUCGCGCCGGAGAUGGCGCAUCAAAUAUUCGGCGAAUCGGAAAGCAUAUUCGGUUACCGGGAUCUGAAGAUCGAAAUUAUGGCCUCCGCCGGGCCCCUGGAUCUGUACUUCGACAUUAGCUACACGAAGAAGGUGGAGGAACUGCAAACGGAGGGCUUGAAGGCGGACGACGUAGAGAAGUCGCUGGCGGACAUGGUGGAAAACGGGAGCUAUUACACAAAUGUGGAUGAGUUCAAGCGCGUCCACGCAUCGAAAGCGCCCGCGUUCCGUCCGAUCGGAACGAAGGUGGAUGAGUUCAAGUAUCCGCCGGACGGGAAGGACAGCACGGGAACGGCGCGCACCUUCGAGGUGUACGUGGCCAGUGCGGAAAACGCCGAGUACAUGAAGUUCCACACGCGGCUGGAGAUGUUCUCGUUCUGGUACAUCGAUGGGUUUAGCCGGGUCGAGAUCGAUCCGCUCUGGCUGUUUUUCACCGUGUACGAACGUUACGAGGCAGACAACAACAACGAAUCGGCGGCCAACGACACGUCGAACGUCCGGUACGCUACCGUUGGGUACGUGAGCGUGUAUCAGUACUACUCCUACCCGAACAAGGUGCGGCCACGGGUUAGCCAGAUUUUGAUUCUGCCACCAUUCCAGAAGCUAGGCAUCGCAACGCGCCUGAUCAAGCACACAACGUACGAGUACUUCCGCAAGAAGGAAAACAUUACGGACAUCACGUUCGAGGAACCGAUCGAAGCGAUCCAGCACAUACGGUCGGUGGUGGACGCCAAGCGCUGCAAGAGCCUGCCGGCGUUCGCGCCGGACAAACUCCUGGCCGGGUUCUCGAAGGACAUGCUGCACCAGGCACGCGACACCUACCUCAUCAAUCCGAAGCAGUGCCGCGUGGUGUACGAAAUACUGCGGCUUGGCGUCACCGAUACGGACAACGCGGACCAGUACCGUGCGUACCGGGUCGAGGUGAAGAAGCGUCUGAACAUGAACUACAGCCGCCACCGGCGUGAUCUGGCCCGGGCCAAGAAGCGUGGCGUGGACGUGACGGUCGCCAUGUGCGGGCUGCCCAGCGUUGCCGAGCGCAUCGAAUCGCUAAACGCCGAGUACAAGACCGUAGAGGAAAUUUAUGGACUGGUGUUGCAGAAACUGUUGGCCGAGGCCUAAGCCCCGAACCACUGACCGUUCUUUUCACCAACGAUAACAUUAUUUUUUAUUCACCGUUUUUUUCUCAUUACAUUCUCGGGAGGUAGUCUUUUCUUUUGUCUUAUUAUUGUGUAUUUCGUACGUUUUUGGUUGAAAACUAGAACCACCGCGCGUUGUUGGAAAGAUAUUAACGUUCCCGCACCCGGUAUGAUUCGUACUCGAUAAUGGUAUACUUCUCAAUAAAUUUUUAUCAUUUCUAUCAACGG